AUGGCAGCCGAGGGAGUUGACGAAGCUGGUGCGAGAGAGGAACAGGUGCUCACGCAGUUCCUAGCGCUGGAAGCCAUUCUAGAAAACGCUGUGGGCGGCACCGUCACCCUCGACGUGGAGCGCGGCUGCGCACCGCUCUCCCUGGCCCUCACAGUGCACGACCUGCACGCUGCCACGCCCGACCGCUUCCUCGAGCUCUCAGGGGGCGUGCCGCACGCCCUCUCGUACCAUCAGGCGCGCAACUUCCGCUUCCCCUGCGGCCUCGUCUACGUCGCAGAGCCCGGCUACAUGCUCUCCCGCACCGGCGUUCCCCGCUUCGCCAUCAUCCAGAAGCUCGCCGAUCGGGAUGUGCCGGACUUGGAGGCGUUUAUAAGGGAGGAGGAGGGAGGGUUGAAAAAGGGAGGUGGGAACGUAGAAGAGCAGCAGAGGAGGGAGAAGAGUGCGGGAGGGGAGGAGGAGGGCGAAGGGGAAGGAAGCAAGAAGCUUAAGGCAGAGGAGGCAACAGCAGUAGCUGAUGGGGACGAGCCUGCUGCAGCGGCUGCAGCGGCAGCGGCGGCGGCGGAUGGAUCAGAGGCAUCGGCCAAGCCAGCUGGCACGAGCUCAUUGGUGGAGAGCGCGCUGGAGCCCGCGUUUGUGAUGAUGGAGGUGGGUGAUGCCUCUGCUGUGAUGGGGUGUGCCUCACUUCCCCUCUCUUUCCCACUCCCCACCUUCUCUCUUUUCAUCCCUCCCAUCCUCAUUUCCCCCUCAUACAUCCUUAUUCCUCCCACCCAGGUGCACGUGUCGUCAUCAGUGAUGGUGGACGGGGUGCACGCGCAGCACUUCUUCGGCUCGGCGCUGGUGGUGCACCACACGCCGCACCUGGGCUGGGCCUCAUUUGAGGCGCCUCAUUAG